AUGAAUUAUUGGUUAAAUAAUUUGUUUUGCCCUGCCCAUGGUUCAGAAAAGCCUUUGGUUAUCUCAUCAAAAGGAUCGAGUGGGGACUACACUGGUUGUACUGAUUUGGCAUAUCAACGUGCCAUUUCAGAUGGUGUAGAUGUUCUUGACUGUCCUGUUCAAAUGACGAAGGAUGAGAUACCGGUUUGCUUAGGCUCUAUUAAUCUUAUAGAUUACACAAAAGUUGCUCAAUCAAGUUUUAGCAACCUUACGACAACUAUUUCAGAACUUGGAGUAGUCAAUGGGAUAUUUCCCUUCAGCCUCACAUGGAGCCAGAUUCAGAGUUUGACUCGUAAGUUGAAAGCUGCACAUACUUUCUUCGGCAAUAUCGAACCCGUUUAUAGCUUCCCAAUUGUACCGGAAUCCAAAAUUCAAAACGCUGGAAAAUUUAUGACGCUGUUUGAGUUUCUGGCCCUUGCAAAUAAUGCCAGUUCUGUUUCUGGUGUUCUGAUCAGCAUAGAGCCUUAUCCAUAUUUAGACGAUCUGAUUAAGGAGGAGAAGGAGGUGUUUACAUCCAGCAAGAAAAUUAUGAUUCAGUCAACCGACAGCUCGGUGUUGAUCAAGUUCAAGGAGGAGAAAAGCAAUUAUGAGCUCGUUUACGUUGUCGAUGAAGAUAUCCAUGAUGCUGAUAAUUCAACCGUUGCAGAGAUCACGAAGUUUGCUAAUUCCGUGGUUGUCAGCAAGAGCUCCGUCUUUCCUAACAGUGACGCAUAUCUUACUGGUACAACAGAUGUCGUACAGAAACUACAUGCAUUCAAGCUCCCAGUGUUUGUAAAACUCUUCAGAAAUGAGUUUAUAUCUCAAGCUUGGGACUUCUGCUCAGAUGCAAUCGUGGAGAUCAACUCAUUUGUCAUGGGUGCUGAAAUUGAUGGUGUCAUCACAGAAUUUCCUGGAACAGCUGCUAAAUACAAGAAGAACCCCCCCCAGCGGUUUUAG